GCGGGAGGAAGUCUUGGUGGGACCCGAAGCGGUGGGGGGGGGACCUUCCCGAGGCUCUUCUCCCGCCCUCGGGGUGCAAAGCCGGCAGGGGCGUCUCGGACGCGCCAGCAGGACCGCGGAGCUCCGACUCAAGCCAUUCAUACCUCAUCUUUUUUUUUGGUCGGAAAACGUCCCCCUGGUUCAAGGAGUUCUCCUGGGGAGCCCCCCCCCAUUCUGAGCCUGGGGUCGUGCCCCCCCAACCUCACCCUGCUGCUCCUUUUCUCCCCCCUCCCCCCAGCCAAGAUGGAGGCCUUCAGCUCGCGCAACCUGGCCUUGCAAGCGGAGAAGAAGAUCCUGAGCCGCAUGGCCAGCAAAUCCACCGUCACCAUGUUUAUCGAUGAGACCAGCGGAGCUGUGCUGGACGAGCUCUACCGCAUCUCCAAGGAGCACACGCAGGACCGGGCGGCCUCCCAGAAGGUCAUCAAGAACCUGGUGAAAGUGGCAGUCAAGGUCUCCGUCCUUUUCCGCAAUGGCCGCUUCAACGAAGCCGAGCUGGCCGUGGCCGAGGACUUCAAGCGGAAGCUGCGCCAGGGAGCCAUGACGGCCGUCAGCUUCCACCAGGUGGCCUUCACCUUUGAGCAGGGCGUGCUGGGCCAGCUGCUGGAGGAGUGCCGGGACCUGCUGCUCCGGCUGGUGGAGAAGCACCUGACCCCCAAGUCCCACGGGCGCAUCCGCCACGUCUUCGACCACUUCGCGGAUGCCGAACUGCUGGGCCGGCUCUACAGCCCCGGGAGUCCCUUUGAAUCGCACCUGGAGAGGGUCUGCCAGGGGCUGAACCAGCUCAUGGACCAAGGGAAGCUGUGACGGCCCCAAAAGGAGGGAGGAGAGGGGGAUGGAAUGGGGAGGGGGGGGUCUCUGGGUCAGCCGAUGGAACUCACGGCCACUUGGGCAUCCGCUGGGAUUUCGUACCGGGGACAUUUUAAAGGAGGGGGGCAGCUUCAGAUUUCUGGAAGGAAGCACCCACCCACCCACCGACCCUCCAGAGCUUGCUUUUGGGGCCUAAAGACUCAGCAGGUUGUGUUUGCAAUGGAUCAAUGAGGACUAGGAGCUUGGAAUGAAAGUUCUUGGCUUCUUCAGCUGGAUGGAAGAGUCCCUGAAUGCAAAUGGGGUCCACUUGAUGGACAAUUCCUUCUGGUCAAAGGAUGUGGGUUUUUUUCUUCAUGACUUGGAUGGGGGGAGGGAUUGUGGUCAGUUGGAAAAGCGGAAAAUGCUUUCCUUCCUUCCUUUUUGCUUUCUCCGGCAAGCAGUGCUUGGAAAGUGCCUGUUACGGCAUCUGCGGUGAGCCAAAACUCAGAAUUGGACCUGCUUUGUGACCUCAAGGGGACCCCACCCCCUUUCAGUUUGGCUGGCUGGAAUAGUCUGGAAUAAGAGAUGAUCCUCUGGAAAUGAUUGAAAUGGAUUCCUAGCUUGGCUUUUGGGGUGGGGGAAACUCAGAAAUGCCCCCUCCCCCACAUCCCAUCUCCUUCCUAUCUCUGGGUUUGGACUUUUCCCCAGCGUGGAAUUUUUGUCUCAGGGAAUGCAAAAUCUGAAAAUACAAUGAUUGUGGUUUUUCAA